AUGGCUAGUGACACCACUGCGAACACGAUGAACGAAAAGGUCGACGACGUGAGGGUCGAGGAGGCAUCGUCUUCUCCGAAUGAGCUCUCCGUCUCAGGUCCUCAUCCACACCACGUAGAGCAUGCGCCGGCCGAGUAUAUCAAUGGCAAACCAUACUGGCAGACAAGCCUCUUUCUGGGUUCUUUCUGGGCCAUCGGCCUCGGUGUCCUUGCCUGCUAUGCUGGCUUUGCCAUGCCUGCAAACACCCUCCCGCUGAUCAACGAAGAUAUUGGUCCCAGCGCUGAUAUCAACUGGGUCUCCCUCUGCUGGACAUUAACCGUUGCUAUCGGCUAUACUCUCGUUGGAAGACUCAGCGAUAUCUUUGGGAGGAGGUACUUCUUCAUUGGAGGUGCCGCCCUGGGCUUGAUUGGAAGUAUCGUGGCCGCCACGGCGAAGACGGUGAACCAAUUGAUCGGCGCGACCGUCUUGAUCGGAUUGGCAGCCUCGUCUCAGAUCUCCUUCACCUAUGUGACGGGCGAGCUCGUCCCGGUCAGACAUCGCUUUAUCGUCAAUGGUCUGGUCAACGCCGUCAACAUGCCAAUUGGUGUCUUUGGCCCUGUGAUCGCCCGUGCAUUUAUACUCCAUACUUCAGCGGGCUGGAGAUGGAACUAUUAUCUCACCAUCAUCUUGAACGCGCUGUCCCUCAUUCUAUGGGCUCUGUUCUACUAUCCCCCUGAUUUCGCCCAUCUCCACCGUGUCCGUUCUCGCUGGCAAGAGAUCAAGAGUAUCGACUAUGUCGGCGUCGUUCUCUUCUCGGGAGGAUUGCUGCUGUUCUUGAUGGGUUUGUCGUGGGGAGGAGGACAAUAUCCAUGGAAAUCCGCACAUGUCAUUGCCACGAUAGUCGUUGGAUUCUUGACCCUAGUGGCCUUUGCAGAAAUGUACUCUGGAGUCUACCGGCCCCUGGUGCCGAUGCAUAUCUUCAGGGACUUCCAGUACGAUAUGAUUGUCGUCCUGACGACAGUUGGCGGCAUGAUUUAUUAUUCCAUGACUGGUAGGGCUGUCCCAGAGAUCUCGUCUAGCGAGGAAGCUGACUUCAAAAUAGUGAUUUACCCGGUCAGUCUCGGCGUCUUCUUUUCGAGUGACCCGAUGACGGUUGGCUGGCUUUCCUGCGCCGUGGGCGGCGGGACACUGGCCGGACAAGUCAUUGGCGGCCUCCUCGCGAUGCGUAUCGGCUACAUCAAGUACCAGAUGAUCUUUACGACACUAUUUAUGGCAGCGUUUAUUGGUGGGUUGGCAGCGCAGACGAAAGAUACCCAAGCCCUGUCGAGUGCCUUUGCAACUCUCGGAUCCUUUGGUGUCGGAUACAUCGAGAUCCUCGCGGCCACGGCGGCAACAUUCGUGAUCAAGGACCAGAAACAGAUGGGCACGCCCAACGGCAUCUUUGGCAGCAUCCGGAGUGCCGGUGGCGUCCUCGCAACAACCAUAUACCUGACGAUCCUGACGAACCGCAUGGCGACCAACACGACGAACAUCGUCGUCCCUGCGGUCCUCGAGGCGGGACUCCCACAAUCGUCUCUCGAGCAGUUCUUGACGGCGCUGAACAGCGGGAUUGCUUCAGCAAUUGCCGCCGUGCCGGGGGUCACCGAGAGGAUCAUCCUCGCGGGCUCAAGCGCAUUGCUCGAGUCAUAUACGGACGCGUUUCAAAAGGUGUUCCUGGCCAGCAUCGCAUUUGGCGUGCUCUCGGUCAUGGCCGCGGUAGCCAUCAGGCCGUUCACCAAAGAGGAGCUCGCAGGGACCAUCAUCUUUCAUUUGGGCGAGAACAAGACGCAUCCACCGGCGGCUGGGGUCGUGGAGUCUCAGGAGGAUGAGAAUGAGGCGCCUCUUGAUUGA